AUGGCUUCGCAAGGUCUCUCAACAGAUGCGACGGCCCAGCAGCCGGCAGACGACUCCAUCACGACAACAACAACAGCACACAAUGACAUUGAGCCGAAUUUGAGCAGAUCGCCGUCAAGCACCGCAGAGACGCGAGUCACAGCAGGACACGGCGCAGACCGUCUGAGUUCAAAGGAUGGCAAUGAUGGCGAUGAUAAUGACUCAAAUCGGGACGAGGACGAGGAUGACCACAAUCGUGAUGAGCUCGGUGGCACGGCAACGCGAGUGACGUCUACGGUGUCGAUUGCCGAGACGUUGCCUCUAUAUCGUGAACUUCUCUUUGUCACGGUAAUCUGCCUGGCACAAUUAUUUACACAGGCUGGACUGGGUCAGGCUAUACCGAUCCUCCACGUCAUUGCCGACACUUUUGGUGUCACCAACACUGGUGAUAUUUCCUGGUACAUUGCCGGUUAUUCCUUGACUGUGGGAACUUUUAUUCUGUUUGCCGGUAGACUGGGCGAUACUUUUGGCUACAAGACCAUGUUCCUGUUUGGCAUGAGCUGGUUCUCCGUGUGGAGCAUGGUGACCGGCCUCGCCGUUUACUCGAACCACGUGCUCUUCACCUUUGGCCGCGUCCUCCAGGGCAUCGGACCCGCGCUCUGUCUGCCCAACGCCCUGGCCAUCCUCGGCGCCACCUACGCCCCCGGACAGCGAAAGGCCAUGGUCUUUGCCGCCUUUGCCGCGACGGCGCCCACCGGCUCCGUAUUGGGGUCCGCCUUUGCCAGUCUGUUUGCGCUGACCUGGUGGCCGUGGGCCUGGUGGUGCUUUGCCAUUGUACUCGCAGCCACCACUGUGCUCGGCUACUAUGUGAUUCCCGACUUGCCGCCUUCUCAUAUGCCGCCGACAUGGCAGGCCAAGCUCGCCUUUCUCGACUUGCCCGGGGCCGUCACCGGUAUCACGGGCCUCAUCUUGUUCAACUUUGCCUGGAAUCAGGCACCCAUCGUGGGCUGGGACAUGCCCUAUGUCUACGUCACGCUUAUCCUGGGAAUCUUGUUUGUUGCCGCCUUCUUUUUCAUUGAGAUGAAAUACGCAAAGGCCCCCCUCUUGCCCUUUGACGCCCUGACGGCCGACGUAGGCUUCGUCUUAGGCGCAGUCUCGUGUGGAUGGGCCUGCUUCGGAAUUUGGUUCUGGUACACGUGGCAAUUCUUUGAGGAGAUGCGAGGCGCGUCACCCCUGCUCGCGAGCGCCUGGAUCAGUCCCGUCACCGUAUCAGGUCUAGGCGCCGCCGUCUUUACCGGCCUCCUCAUCCACAAGAUCGGUCCGGCCUGGGUCAUGACCAUCGCCCUGUGCGCCUUCAUGACGGGUACGGUCCUCAUGGCCACGGCCCCUGUGGACCAGAUCUAUUGGUCGCAGACGUUUGUCUCGACCAUCAUCCAGCCCUGGGGCAUGGACAUGAGCUUCCCGGCGGGUACUUUGAUCCUGUCCAACGCCGUGUCCAAGCGGCACCAGGGCAUCGCCGCCAGCCUCGUCAACACCGUGGUCAACUACAGCAUUGCCCUGGGUCUCGGGUUCGCCGGCACCGUCGAGAUUAAUGUCAACAAUGGCGGCAAGACCAAGGAGGACGUGCUCAAGGGCUACCGGGGGGCAUUUUACAUGGGUAUUGGCAUCUGUGGUCUGGGCAUUGCCAUUUGUCUCGCAUUUGUGUUCAAGUCUCAUUUCAUGAAGCGGUCUAAAACCAAAGACCAAGAAAAGGCUUAG